UCCGCCCUUUAUUCUGCUUUCUCGUCCGUCUAAUCUCCCUACUCUCUCCUCUCUCCUCUCUCCCUCCCCAAACCCUAGAAACCCCCUACCCUUUCCAAAACGAAAUUUUAUGUGAUUUAUGUCCUAAAUCAUCUUAAUUAGGGCUUCAGUUUUACCAAUAUCAGUGGAAUUGCAAUUUUGAUUAAAAAAUUUGUGAGGAGAGGAAUGGCGUCAUCGGCAACAAGCACCGUUUACACCGAAGUUAUAGAAGACGUCAUCGACAAGAUCCGGGAUGAGUUCAUCAAUAACAGUGGUCCCGGAGAGACUGUCCUUAGUGAGCUCCAAGGACUUUGGGAGAAGAAAUUGAAGCAAGCGGGUGUUUUAUCGGGUUCAAUAGUGAGGUCAUCAGCUAAUAAGCAACCGGUGCCUGGUGGUCUUACUCCAGUCCACGACCUUAAUGUACCGUAUGAAGGGACUGAGGAAUACGAGACUCCCACUGCUGAGAUACUCUUCCCUCCUACACCUUUGCAAACCCCCAUGCAGACACCAUUGCCAGGAAGUGCACAAACACCUUUACCUGGGAAUGUGCAGACACCUUUACCUGGUAGUGUGGACAAUUCAUCCAUGUAUAACAUUCCUACUGGAUCUAGUAGUGAUUAUCCCACCCCUGUUAGCGAUGCUGGGGGCAGUACUGAUGGAAAAGCUGGGAGACCCAGCCAUUUCAUGCAAUCUCCUUCCACUUUGAUGCAUCAAAGGCCACCUCUUGAUGUCAAUGUUGCUUAUGUGGAAGGGCGGGAUGAGGUGGACAGAGGAGCCUCUCAUCAAACCUUGACACAGGACUUCUUCAUGUCUUCUGGAAAACGGAAGCGCGGGGAUUUUGUUCCAAAAUUUAACAAUGGUGGAUUCAUACCCCAGCAAGAUGGAGCUGUGGAUUCUGCAUCUGAGGUUUCACAGGUAAGCCAAGGGAACAAUCCCCAUGGCAGAUGUGACACUAUCACAACUAAAAAUAGAGAGAUCUUAGCACGAGUGUCGAGUUCAUAUUUGAAGAUUCCUCAAGUGGAUGGGCCCAUUCCUGAUCCUUAUGAUGACAUGCUUUCAACUCCCAAUAUAUACAAUUAUCAAGGAGUUGCUAAUGAAGAUUACAAUAAUGCAAACACACCAGCUCCCAAUGAUUUACAGGCAAGUACCCCAGCUGUUGUCAGUCAAAAUGAUGAUGUAGAUGAUGACGAUGAUGAACCACUGAAUGAAGAUGACGACGACGACGAGGAUCUGGAUGGUGUGGACCAAGGAGAGGAGCUGAACACACAGCAUUUGAUUUUAGCUCAAUUUGACAAGGUGACUCGUACCAAGAGCAGGUGGAAAUGCACGCUCAAGGAUGGUGUUAUGCACAUAAACAACAGGGACAUUCUCUUUAACAAGGCAACAGGGGAAUUUGACUUCUGAUUUUGUUAGGGAAAUGUCUGCUUGGCAGCAAGUAUCAUUUAAUUUUAAGGGCUUAUCCUGAGUCGCCAUUGGGCGUGUUGUAAGUUUUCUUAAAAUUGUCCAGUGAGAGCUCAAGUGAGCGAGAUGAUAUUUAUUUGAACUGAAACCCUUUUGAAGACUGGGUUGGAUGGUUGGCCUACUGUGUACAUAAUGGAAGAGUUUUUACGGCUUUCUAUCCGCAGGAGGAUUUUCUUGGGGAUUUACCACUUCUCCAAUGCAAUCUGUAAUUUUAUUUAUGAAUGCACUGGAUAAAUUGCUACAUCCCAUUCUUAUUUA